AUGCCCGUAACCACAGUCCCUCUCCCCGAACCCUUCGCCUCCAUCCCCCGCGAAACCCUCACAUUCGGCCCCUCACCCAUCCAACACCUCCCCAACAUCACAAAAGCGCUCGGCGGCAAAGUCCCCAUCUACGCCAAACGCGAAGACGUAAGCUCCGGCCUCGCUUUCGGCGGCAACAAGACCCGCAAACUCGAGUACCUGGCCUCCGACGCACUGGCCCAGGGCGCCGACACCCUGGUCUCAAUUGGCGGAUUCCAGUCAAACCACACGCGGCAGGUCGCUGCUGUUGCGCGGAAGCUCGGAUUAGAAGCCGCGCUGGUGCAAGAGAAAUGGGUUGACUGGGAGGAUAAGAACGGGGUUUACGACAAGGCGGGGAAUAUCCAGCUUUCGAGGCUGAUGGGCGCAGACACGAGGCUUGAUAUGAGCGGGUUUGGAAUCGAGCAUAAAUCCACGCUGAAGAAUCUGGAGGCCGAAAUCAAGAGCAAGGGCGGGAAGCCCUAUUACAUUCCGGCCGGGGCCUCGGAUCACCCGCUUGGUGGGCUUGGGUUCGCGCGCUGGGCGUUUGAGGUCGAGGAGCAGGAGAAGGAGCUGGGUGUUUUCUUUGAUACGGUUAUUGUGUGCGCUGUCACGGGGAGUACGAUGGCGGGUAUGAUUGCGGGCUUCAAGCUCGCGCAGAGGGUCAAUGGGUCGCCGCAGCGGAAGGUCAUUGGGAUUGAUGCCUCGGCCACGGUCCAGCAGACGUUCGACCAGAUCCUGCGGAUUGCGAAGUUCACGGGUGUGAAGAUCGGACUGUCAGAAGAUGAUAUCACCGCUGAAGAUGUUAUCCUCGAUGAUCGGUACCACGGCGGCGUGUAUGGGAUUCCCGAUCAGCAGACGAUUGACGCGAUUAAGUUUGGUGCUGAGACGGAGGCGUUUAUCACGGAUCCGGUUUACGAGGGAAAGUCUUUGGCUGGGUUGAUGGAUUUGGUCAGGAAGGGGGAGAUCAAGGAGGGGUCGAAUGUACUUUAUGCCCAUCUAGGGGGCCAGCUGGCGCUCAAUGCUUACACUGCUAUGUAA